CAUGGAAGGUACCUUGUGGAAAUGGACGAAUUACUUCUCAGGUUGGCAGCCACGAUGGUUCGUAUUGGAUGAUGGUAUACUGUCAUAUUACAAAUCACAGGAGGAUGUCAACAGCGGAUGUAAAGGUUCAAUCAAAAUGACAGUCUGUGAUGUUGUUGUUCAUCAAACUGACAAUACCAGGCUGGAUUUGAUCAUCCCUGGAGAGCAGCAUUUCUACGUGAAGGCAGCCACACCACAAGAACGACAACAAUGGUUGGUAGCCUUGGGAAGCUCCAAAGCCUGUACAGCCAAUGGCACACCUCCAGCUGAUACAGGUGAGCUGUCACCUGACAACCUGAGAACAAAAAAGUCUGAGCUGCGACUGUACUGCGAUGUGUUGAUGCAGCGGGUGCACGCAGUGAAGACGGCGGCCACGGCCAGUGACACGCCAGAUAUUGAGCAACUUGAUGAUGCCACCUCAUUACUGAGUGCCACAUGUGAUGCUUUCAUACAAACGCUAGAGGACUGCAUGAAGCUUGCCCAUGCCAAGAUUGUCCACCACACCCCACUCACUCCACAGUCCCCAGGGUCAGCACUACCCCCCAGCCCACUUAGAGUCUCGCAUAAAAAAUCAUCAAGAAAUUCAGUACACAGAUCAAGUUCAUCAGAAAGUGUAAGUGCCAUGAGACAGAGGGGGGAAAGUCAGUCGUCAUACUCACGUCAAUCUUCACGCUCGUCUGUCAAUUCCGAAACCUCGCAACAGCCCUCCCCAAACCCUCUAAAGAUAUCGUCCAAUCCAACGCAUCUUCAUAAUCACAACUGUAGCUCACAUCCAGAAGAGAGUGUGGUUUCCAUAGCUACGAACAGAAUACCCACAUUUUUUAGCAACAUGUCAAGCAGUUUUGUGGACAUUCGGUUUCAAGAAGACGGUGAGAUUCCUGUGGAGCAUUUUCUACAAAGUUGCCAAAGUCUUGUCCCCUUGUUUGACUGUUUACAUGGUACAGCGUUUGCCCCAGUUAAAAUGGAUUAUAUAGGAAAUAUUCGGAAAAUGGAAGAGAAACACAAGUCCAACCCCACAGAAUUUACAAGUCUUCAAAAGAUGGUGCUUCAUGAAAUAAAAUUGAAACAAUAUCAACAUUCCAGUUCAGCCACCGUGGCCCUUUUAUGGAUGAAAAGGUCAUUGGAGUUUAUGCGCAUGCUUCUGCAGGAGUUAAGUGAUGGACAAGAGGAGUUAUUGACCUGCAUUACAAAUGCGUAUGGGAAAACACUAAGGAACUAUCACAGCUGGGUGGUAAGGGGCGUCUUUGCGUUGGCAGUGAAGGCUGUUCCCUAUCGUGACCAGUUCAUUAAAAAACUUGCCAUUGAUGAAAAUGAUGCAGAACAUCCAGAGUUUCACAAACUUCUCUAUUGCGAUAUAGAUGAAUAUAUCACAGCUUUGGAUGUUUUGCUCAAAAUCCUACAGGACUUUUACUCUGCAAAUGAUCUGGACGAUGAAGAGAAAGUUUGAAAGUGAAAGUUAAAUGUUUCAAAAGUGAAAGUGAAGUUGAGAUGUGAAAAUAAAGGAGAACAGAAAGUUUCUCAGUACAGUUUGAAUGUGAAAUCAAAGGUUCAGGUACGGUACAGGACUCCAGGUGACAGUACAAAGGAAAGCUUAUUUUGCAUAUUUGAUCGGGAGAAUCUAAUUUUAACUCGGG